AUGCCGGAUUUCGACAGCCAGGUCAUCCAACGGACCGAAGGUCCCACGAGUGCGAUGUGGGAACAGUACAAGCCCAUAAUCAGAGACCUGUAUAUCAAGCAGAACAGGCCGCUGAAGGAGAUUAUCUACAUCAUGAAGGUCACCCACGGGCUCAUUGCCAGCGUCAAGAUGUACAAGUAUCGUCUGAAGGCCUGGGGCAUCAGGAAAAACAGCCGCAGCACUGCGGCCAAACUAGAGCAACACAGGAAGGAUGGGACUCUCGUGAUGUCGACAUCGCAGCCAACGGAAACGGUCACUCGGACGCCGUCCCCGGCCGUCUACGCGACCGAUGGCGGCGUCCUGGAGAUGUCGCUAACGCAUGCGAUUCCGCUACAGAGCACCAGACACACCGAGCAGGUGCUCCGCAUGCUAAAUCGCUACUACGGCAACCUGCACGACCCAUCAGCCGUCAUCGCACCAUUUUGGUCCCCGGAGGAAAGGCGGCAGAACAUGAAAAUGCGGGGGCGCUCCAUCUUGGGCAUCACCUACGCCACAGUUCCCGGUAGCACCGAAACCAUGAAGUUGACCCGGCUCAUGUUUGACCAGAUCCCUCUCCUGGCCAAGCAGCGCGAGCGCUGGGCCAUCCCACACGGUCUUCACUCCAUGGACCGCCUCGCCCGCAUCCCAGGGGCGAGUCAAGUCGCCCGCCUGACACUCAACCUUACCCGCGACGCUGCUUGGGGCAAAAUCGGGCCCUGGCACCCGUUCGCCGUCAUAUGGACGCUCCUGCGAAACCACCAGGACCAGUGCGGAGAGGAGAUGAGCGCCGCGGCGGCGGCUAGGUCAGCAACCGACAGCGGCAGCAGCAAUAGUGGCUGGGUUCCCAGCCACAGCGGCGCCGGCGCCGGCACCGUGGUGGCGCCCGGGUUCGACCCAUGGACCCUCGAGGUGUUUGCCCGCUGUGUCGAUGACCACAUGCGAGCCCACCACGGGAUUCUCGAUCCUAUAUACCUGGAGACACACCUGCGCAUGCGCAAAAACGACUGCACCCCCGACGAGUACGCCGCCGAGGUCCACAGCCUGCUUGCCCAGGGCGCACGCCGCGACGACGUUUCGUCAAUACUCGAGUCCGUCUUUGCCGAGGAGCUGUUCAAGGAGUCCAUGUUCAUUGAGCUGCGCAGCUUCUUCCAGCUCGAGGCCGAGGAGCAACAGCGCGGGAGGCCCCAGUACCAGCGCCACCACGGCCUCGCCACCAUAUCGGUCCUGCCAUCGGCAGCGCCGUCACCACUCCCACCGCCACCGGUGUCAUAUCUCCCACCAACGCCGCCCUCGACAUCGCCGCCGGGCAACCACAACCACCACCACCGCUACGCUGUCGGUGGCGUGCCCUUCCGCGAGAGGAGGAGCGCCACGCCGCCGCCACCGCUGGGGCAGUCCUACGUCACGACCUCAAAUCCGGCGUACCCCCGCGUCGUCGACCUCACCGCCGACUGCGACAGCGAGCAGGAUGGCGCGGGGCUGCAGAUGCAACCCCAGCUGGACCUCAUCGACACCCUGAUCGGGCUCAUCGGGCGGCUGCAGCUGGGCGCCCGGGCGGGUGGGCUCAGCCUCAACGAGCUCGCCGACAUCAAGGCCGAGGGUGCCUGGAUGCUCCACACAUCGGAGCCGCCACUCCCCAUGUCAGUCGCUGACGUGGCGCCCGUCUACUACGCCAUGACCCCGCCUUGCUCGUGAGGUUCUGGCGGGCUACCUCCGCCCGUCUUCUGUCUUCUAUGUGUUUUUUUCUUUUUACGAACCGCCAUCUUCAUGACAAACCCUCGCCCAUGACCCCAUUUUCUCUACUGUCUAGCCUAUCAUCCGUCAUGUUGGUGGCAUCUCUCUCUAAUUCUUCUGUACUUAGGCCGACCUUUUCGUCGUCGGCUUUUUUUGCAACUGGCGUUCUGGGGUAGAUUUGGUAUCAUCGGUCUAGGGAACGCUGGGGGUAGUACCCUGUCAUUCUCUCCCCAUAUUCUCUCCUUUUUAGAAACCAAGAGAGGUAAAGGCUUGCUCUCCCUCAUUAUACCGGUUUCUAUGGCAUCUGUCAGGCCAGGUUGUCACCGUCAUGCGACAAGGACGGUUUUUUUUUUUUUUUGGAUCGCAGAUAUCUAGAGCCCACCCUUUCCUCGACGUCUUUGAGGCGUUGAAUUUGAUCGCUCUACUAUGAUUUGAUCGCCAACAAGCAAUAUCACUCCCCGAAUCAGGCUGCUGCUACACCUUAUCGUCCCCAUGCCUGCUUUGGCACCGCCGCUCGCUGCUUUUGUCACGUUUUGGUCAACUAAAAAACAUCGAG